AGAUGACAAUCCAAAAACCGAACCGAAGAAAAAACAAACGUUAUCACCGCGUACGCGCAGCGCUUUAUCUCUUCGGUGUACUUUGCUCCGUUUUCGCAUUGCGUUUUCGGUAGCUAUACGAUCGCCGAGUGUGUGUCCGAGUUCGCUACCUCCAUUCUCCUUAGUUCUGGUGCUAGAUACGCGUGCGAUACGAUGGCUAAAUCGCUGAAACUGUACUACGAUCUCAUGUCGCAACCAUCCCGGGUGCUCUGGAUUUUGCUGGAAAAAAGCAAAAUCCCGUACGAACGGAAGCUGGUAAAUUUGGGCAAGGGUGAACAUUUGACCGAGCAGUUCAAGGAGAUAAACCGCUUCCAGAAGGUACCGUGCAUUGUCGAUAGCCAGCUCAAGCUGGCCGAGAGCGUAGCCAUCGUGCGCUAUCUGGCACGGGAGUACGAACUGCCGGAACACUGGUAUCCGACCGAUAGCCGCCGCCAGGCACGCAUUGACGAGUACCUGGAGUGGCAGCAUCACAAUACGCGCGCUACCUGCGCCGCCUACUUCCAGUACGUUUGGCUCCGGCCGCGCAUGAUGGGCAGCACGGUUGACCCGAAACGGGCAGACCAGUACCGGUCGCAGAUGGACUCGUGUCUGGACUUUAUCGAGCAGGAAUUUCUCGGCCACGGCUCACCGUACAUCGUGGGUGAUCAGAUCUCGAUCGCUGAUCUGGUAGCGGCCUGCGAAAUUGAGCAACCGAGAAUGGCUGGCUACGAUCCGUGCGCUGGACGUCCCAAUCUAACGCAGUGGAUGGAGCGGGUAAAGAGCGCAACCAAUCCGUACUACGAACAAGCGCACAAGCUGGUGUACAAAAUUGCGGCAGCCUCGGAACCGAAACCGAAGUUGUAGAUACUGCCGGCACGAUGCUUCCGGAGCCAGAGGGGUAGAGCAGAUUGUUGGCGCUGUUUUUAAGUAUAUUUCAAUGCUCACAUCUUUUGGACUACAAGAACGGUAAGCGCAGGACGGUUGCGGCUCACGUUGGUUCAUUCCGGCAGAUAAUGGAGAUGCGUCGGCUCCUGCUUACCGGCCGGCCGCGGAACUGUGACUCGUUGGAUGCUAGAAUUUCGUGCGUAAACUUGUAGCGAGCGGUGUCUCUGAAAAAACAAAAAACAAAAAUAAAACCAAGAUGUAC